AUGAUGGGCAGAGAUAGUAGUGUUAUGAAGGCAUGGGAGGCAACGGUGAGAAAGACACAAGCGGUGGCCAAGAAGCGCGCAAAUAGCAUAUUUGGGUCAACAUAUGUGGCCCAUGCAGAAGAAGAAGAAGACCAUAAGGAAGACACAAAUGGAAGCGAGGCAUCUGAAUUGUACCAUGCAGAGAAGGUUCUCCCGAAUGGGGAUUACUACAAAGGAGAAUGGGUAGAUAAUUUCCCACAUGGGAUGGGUAAAUAUUUGUGGACUGAUGGGUGCAUGUACGUUGGAGAAUGGUUCAAAGGAAAAACUAUGGGAAAAGGAAGGUUCACUUGGCCCAAUGGGCCCACUUAUGUAGGGGAAUUCAAGAGUGGUUAUAUGGAUGGAACGGGAACAUACGUAGCCUCCAAUGGGGACACUUAUAAGGGGCAGUGGGUCAUGAACUUGAAACAUGGUCACGGUGUCAAGAAUUUUUCCAAUGGAGACAAAUAUGAAGGUGAAUGGAGAAGGGGGAUGCAAGAAGGGCAUGGGAGAUAUCAAUGGAAGGAUGGGAGCUAUGUUGGUGAGUGGAGGAAUGGGAGUAUUUGGGGUAAAGGUUCAUUUGUUUGGGAUGAUGGGAAUAGGUAUGAUGGGUAUUGGGAAGAUGGUUUGCCUAAAGGGAAUGGAACUUACAAAUGGGAUGACGGAAGUUUUUAUGUGGGGAAUUGGAGCAAGGAUCCAACGGAUCAAAGUGGAACAUACUAUCCAAGAGGGUCAUCACAGGAGGCUAAUCUUGAGUGGAAUCCUCAAGAAGUGUUUACUAAGUUGAGUGAGUAUGCAAUUUGUCCAGGGGAGAAGGUUUCAAUUUUACCAUCACAAAAGAGGCUUGCAGUGUGGAGGUCUACAAAGGGAGGGGAUGGUGCUAAGCCAAGGAGAAAGUCAGUUGAUGGGAGGGUAAGCGUAGGGCUAGAGAAGCCAAAUGAUAGAAUGCAAUUAUGGGGUGGUGUAGAGGGUGAUUUUAGUGGUACUAAAACUCCAACUAGAGGGGGGGUUGCUGUAGAUGAUGAAUUGUUAGGUUUAAGCAUAGAUGGUGCUAUUUCAAGAGAGACUCAACUCCAAACCCUGAAAGCACCAAGGAAAUCAAAGAGGCAGGGGGAGACCAUAUGCAAAGGACACAAAAAUUAUGAGCUCAUGCUCAAUUUGCAGCUGGGAAUUAGACAUUCUGUUGGAAGACCUGCCCCUUCAGCAUCACUUGAUCUGAAACCUUCAGCUUUUGAUUCCAAGGAGAAAGUGUGGACAAGAUUUCCCACUGAAGGAUCCAAAUACACUCCACCACAUCCAUCAUGUGAGUUCAAAUGGAAGGACUAUUGCCCAGUAGUGUUUAGAACUCUUAGGAAGCUAUUCAAGGUGGAUGUAGCUGAUUACAUGAUAUCUAUUUGUGGAAAUGACGCCCUUCGCGAACUUUCCUCUCCUGGUAAAAGUGGUAGCUUCUUUUAUCUAACUAAUGAUGAUCGCUACAUGAUCAAGACCAUGAAGAAAGCUGAGGCAAAAGCUCUCUUAAGAAUGCUUCCAGCUUAUUACAAUCAUUUUCGAGCAUUUGAGAAUGCCCUAGUGACAAAGUUUUAUGGUCUACAUUGUGUAAAGUUAACUGGGCCAGCUCAAAAGAAGGUUCGAUUUAUGAUAAUGGGUAAUCUCUUUUGUUCUGAGUAUACCAUCCACAGGCGCUUUGAUUUGAAGGGUUCUUCACUUGGACGAAUAACAAUUAAGCCCGAGUCGGAGAUUAGUGAAACAACUAUCCUUAAAGAUCUGGAUCUAAAUUUCAUAUUUCGACUACAAAAAUCUUGGUUUCAAGAAUUUUGCAGGCAAAUUGAUAGGGACUGUGAGCUUCUGGAACAAGAGGGAAUUAUGGACUAUAGCCUGCUAGUUGGUAUUCAUUUCAAAGAUAUAUCAGAAAAUGGUGAUCUUAUUUCUUCAAGAUCUCAUACUCUUGCUGGCGAUUCAGAGAGUGAAGGAACUCCCUGUAUUUCUAGAGUAGACAUGGAUCAACUUCUUCUAGAUCCUACCAGUUGGGCGAGUAUCAAAUUGGGGGUGAACAUGCCAGCAAGGGCUGAAAGGACGGUGAGGAGAAGUGGUUGUGAAUUACAACUUGUAGGAGAACCAAUUGGAGAGUUCUAUGAGGUGGUUUUGUUUUUUGGUAUCAUAGACAUACUUCAAGACUAUGACAUCAGCAAGAAGCUUGAGCAUGCCUAUAAGUCCAUUCAAUAUGACCCAACGUCAAUAUCUGCCGUUGAUCCCAGACAAUAUUCAAGGCGUUUUCGUGACUUCAUAUUUAAAAUAUUUUCUGAAGACUCUUGAAAGCCAAACACAAUUAUGUGGCUGUUACAUUCCAUUCAUACCCUCGCUACUCUCAACCUCGGUAGCCUUGAAAUUUUUCAACUAUUGGAACCACAAUUGAGGUCCAUGUGACUUUGGGUACAAAUCCAUUUUUUUCAACUUUGAUCUUAAUUAGCUUAUUUCUAUGUAUAUAUAGGGCAGUAAUUAUAUAGUAUACAUGAUGAAAUGCUGAAAGCAAGAAAAUUUUGUGCUAGAAUAUAUUUAUUCCAUUUCUCCCAAAUGGGGGAAGAGAUGACAAGCACUCAAUACAUUUUGUAUCAAAUUGAGAUGUAUAUUAUUAUA